UUGGGACGGAGCUCCUCCAGGGAGAGAAGACACUUGUUAACGGCCUGAAUAAACAGCUUGAACAAGAGCUUGGUGUUGCGUUUUCCUUGCUGGUCGAGGAAGCCGCGACAGAUACACACCUAAAAGGCCAACCCUAGGUCACCUGGUAACUAAACAUAUACCUGUUUGAAAAACUGCCAAUGUAUCAGCUGCUCUGCCACCGUUUGCCUGCAAGAACCCCAGGUUUGUGUCGCCACAUUCUUACUACUGUUUACUUAGGAUGAAAGCCAGCCUUGAUGCUAUCUAGUUUUGAUUUGCAUUUUCCUGAUUUGCAUUUUUCUGAUAACUCAUGAUGUGCUUGUUGGACAAUUUGCACAGCUGUGUAUCUCUACAGAAGUUCAUAUAGAUCUUUUCCUACUGCCCAGAUGUUUAAGAAAGAAAAAGUGCUGCGCAGUUUUAGGUAGCAGGACCAGAUUACUGAGAAGAGAGGCGUUUCCCACGGUCCUGUUGGGAUCUCGUGGACCCCGGGCUGAGCGGACAGAGACCCUUCCCUGCUUCCCCGAACUUCCUUGCUUCGUUUGGUGGACCCAGGCACCUCAGUAGAGGUGAAGAUCUGAAGAUUGAGGAUCAUGCCAUCAGCAUUUAAGGAGGUAGUCAAGAGUGCCAUCAAAGAGCUGGACUCAAGAGGAGACCUCAUCCCAGUGGACAGCCUUCGGAACUCCACCAGCUUCAGACCCUACAGCCUCCUAAGGAGGAAAGUCUCGCUCUCAAAGUACUGGAAAUACCGAUACAAGUGUGUCAACCUGUCAAUCAAAGACAUCCUGGAACCCAGUGCUCCAGAACCAGAACCUGAACGCUGUGGCUGCGUCAAAAUCUCUGAUGCCGCGGACGGGAGCGUGCAGGGUGACAUGGCGCUGGAAAGCAUGGACCAGGGGAAGAUUGCUGGCGCGGUUGCCAUGUCUGGCAGUCACAGUGCGUCCAUGAAUGUGUGUAUACUGCGUGUGGCUCAGAACACCUGGGUGGUCAUGCAUCAAGAGAGGCACCUGCAGCAGCCUGAACAUAAAAUCCUGCAACAGCUUCGGAGUCGGGGAGUAGACGUGUUCGUGGUGACGGAGGUGCUACAGACACAGGAAGAGGUGCAGGUCACCCUGAACUAUGACCGGGAGGGCUCAGGCCAGUUUGCACUGCCUGGAGUCACAUGCUUGCAGGGUGAAGGCAAGGGCCACCGAAGCCGGAAGAAGAUGGUGACCAUUCCUGCAGGGAGCAUCCUUGCAUUCCGGGUGGCCCAGCUUCUCAUUGACCCUACAUGGGAUAUCCUUCUCUUUCCUGAUGAUGAGAAGAGGACCUUUGAGCUCCCCUCAUCAAGCCACAGAAGAAAGGAUGGCCAAAAGCCGCGAGCUUUGAGCAUGUUUCCCGAAGCACAAUCCAGGUGUGCCCCACUCAUGCUCCUGACUGCUGACUUCAGAGGCCUGCGGGCAGAGGUGAAGGAUAAGUCUGCAGAACUGUGGCACUUAAAAAUGGAGUUAAGAGAACAACUACUAAGGGACAUUGGGAGACUCUUAGACGACCAACCCCACAUGGAAGCCUUGGAGGCCUCACUGGAGCAGGGCCUGUGCAGUGGUGGGCAGGUGGAACCUCUGGAUGGCCCGGCAGGCAGCAUCCUCAAGUGUCUGGUGCUUCCCUCUGGAGAACUGGUCCUGAAACUUGCUGAGCCCAUCUCCUACCUGUUGGGAGCACUGACUGCACUGACUGAAACCCAGCAGAAGCUGCUGGCUGAGGCUCUGGAGACAAGGAUGCUGUUGAAGCAGCUGGAGCUGGUGGAGCAUAUCUUGGUGCAGAGCACCCCAUGGCAGGAGCCAAGCUUUGUGUCACUGCCCCUCAGCCUCCUUGGGAACAGCUGGGAUGAGGAGGCUCCCACCUGGGUCUUGCUAGAAGAAUGUGGCCUAACGCUGCGGGUGGACCCUCCCCAGGUGCACUGGGAACCAGAGUCUGAGGGUCCCAUGUGUGCACUCUAUGCCUCCCUGGACCUAUUGUCAAGUCUAAGCCAGAAGCCUUCCUAGCCUGUAUGCCUCCCUCCCCCUCCAGCCGGGGCAGAAUCUUGCCUGGCAAAGCCUUACAUGGAAAGCCAAGAGCCUAACUCAACCAUAGGGCUAAAAUGCAAUGAAGCAGGCCCAGGAGUUGGGAAAACUCAAUAAAUGUACAAAGAAAAGAAUAGCAA